GCGGCAAUGAGCAGUAUGUAUACAUGUAGGUCCGGAGUCCAUCGAAUACAGUUGGGAUGCAGCACAGCAUGCAAUGCUUCCAUUCCAUCGCACACAUUGUCCAUGUCAAAAGCCAUGCUGAAUUAUUCCAGCGCAGCUUCAUUUUAUUGAAAAUUAUGUCUCCAGGCCAUGCCUUUUCUUUACUUCUGCUCGGUCGCCUCUUCCAACGCAGGAAGGUCCUCAUCGCCUUCACCCUCGCCCUCGCCCUCAAUAUCAUCAUCGCUGUCAUCCUAUCAAUAUCGAAAGGAAGGAAGAAAGUAUUCGAGCCAUGAGUUAGAAUCAUAUAAUAUUAGCCAAUUGAUGUUGUCGCACGUUCACAGAUCAAGUGCAAGUCUCAACUUACUCCGAAGCCGCCUGCGCCCUGG